GCUCGCUCCGGAGCUGGGUGGCGCCGCCUGGCCGCGGCUCCCGGCCUCCUGCGCUCAGCCCGGGGGAGGGGUCCCCAGCGCGCAUCCUCCCUGCCCCCGGCCGGCUGCGGCAGGCUCCCGCCCCUGCGCCCGCCAUGGCGCUGAGCAACCUGCUCUUCGCCCAGUGCGUCGGCUACUUCCUGGCCUUCCUCUGCAGCUUCGUGGUGGUGGUGCCGCUGUCCGAGAACAGCAACGACUGCCGCGGCCGCUGCCUGCUCUUCACCGAGGGCAUGUGGCUCAGCGCCAACCUGACGGCGGAGCGGCAGCGCUUCACCGUGCAGGAGUGGGGGCCCCCGGCCGCCUGCCGCUUCAGCGUCUUCGCCGGGCUGCUCUCGCUGCUGCUGGCCGCCGCGCAGGCCUGGCGGACGCUCUUCUUCCUCUGCAAGGGCCACGAGGACUCUUUCUUUUAUGCCUUCCUGAAUCUGCUGAUCAGCGUCUUUGUGGUUUUUGUCAUCUUUAUUGCUAGCACUAUAGUGAGUGUAGGAUUUAACAUGUGGUGUGAUGCUGUUACCGAAAAAGGAAGCAUGCCAAAUAGCUGUGAAGAACUACAGGAUAUAGAUCUUGAACUGAAUUUAGAAACCUCUGCCUUCUAUGAUCAGUUUGCCAUUGCACAGUUUGGUCUCUGGGCUGCCUGGCUGACUUGGCUGGGAAUUACCAUUUUGGCCUUCCUGAAGGUUUAUCACAACUACAGGCAGGAAGACCUGCUAGACAGCCUGAUCCAUGAGAAAGAGCUGCUGCUAGGACGAUCCUCUUCACGAACCUUUUUGCAGGAUGAGAAAAGUGGCAUGAUCUAAUAUGUAAGCCACUCGAUGGUGCAGGUUGUAAAUUUUAUAAUUCAUUAGCACAAGCUGAAGUGAAGAGAAUUGGUGAGUGUGUGAAAUCAUUGCUUUCCUGAACUGAAAUUUAAUUUAGAAUUAUACAGUCCUUUAAUGAGAAAUUGUCAGAAGCCAUAUUUCUGUUAGGAUAUAGACAAUGAACUGUAUGAUACAAUAGGCUUCCUUUCCUGUACAUACUGGGAGCAGAACUAAUUAUGCCUGUGUAUGAAGAUGGCUGUCCCUAUCAGGGUUCUAGCAUGCUUUUCCUGAUUAUUGAGGGAAGGAUGUUUUCUGAGAACUGUGCUAACAAAACCUUGCUAAAGACCACCCCUUUAGUGUAGUUUGCAGCAUGGUUUCAAUGUUGUUCUAGCUAGCACUGCUCUGACCUACUUAUGGAAAGGGCCUUUGAUACCCCCAAAUUUGCUGUAUACAUAUGAAGUAUUGCCAACAAUUUUAUAACCCUUGCUCCCAUUUGAUUUGAUCACUUUAGAACAUUUGGAGCUGUGUACCUGACUAUAUACUUAAUGUUAGAUAGAGUAAAAUUCGUACAGUGACAUAAGCUAUUACAGCAUCUUAAACGUACCGUAUAUUUUUGGAGGGAUUGUAGAGCCUAUUUAUGUUUAUGUUUCAUCUUAGACUUUGGCAUGGCCAGCAUUUAUUACUGCUUUGUAAAAUGUAGUCUAACGGGCAGUAACUGCAGCUUGCAUAGCAAGAGAUUAAUCUUAAUAUAUUAUAUUAAUGCUUGCUCUUUCAUAUAUGUAAUUUGAUCCCUAGUACUAUAUACUAUUCAGCUUCAAGUAUUAGAGUUUACUUGUGCUAUUUAUCUCAAACAGGAUAUGUGAAAUUAUUAUAAAUAGCUGCAUAGUAGAUCUAUGAAUGUCUCUAUCAGUACAGUAAACUGUAAAAACUGCUCAGUAAUCAUAUAGCUGGUUCUUUUAUGAACUGGGCUAUUUUCCCCCGCAUUGGCCAGGGGCUGCUCCAGGAUUCAGUAUUGCUACCCUGAAAAGGGAGAAGGGCCAUUUACUUUAUGUAGUCCACUAGGGACUUUGCUAUUGCUCUUAAUUUUACACAGAAAGUGCUCAGAUGGUAGGAUAAUGGGUGAUAUUAUAAAACACUAAAAUAUAUCCAACGAUUAGGAACACAGAUAAGUCAGAGGGCAGUGGAAUUAUUACGCUCGAGAAUGAAUGCCUUGUUAGUAUAUAGAGAGACAAGAUGGACGAGGUAAUAUCUUUUAUUGGACCAACUUCUCUGGGUGAAGAGACAAGCUUUUGAGCUUACACAGAGCUCUUCUUCAGGUCUGAAAAAGCCUGAAGAAGAGCUCUGUGUAAGCUUGAAAGCUUGUCUCUCUCACCAACAGAAGUUGGUCCAAUAAAAGUUAUUACCUUACUCACCUUUCUCUCUAUUAUCCUGAGACCAACAUGGCUACAAUAACACUGUAAACAAUAAUUGUUAGUAUAUAGGCUAUAGUCAUCAGGUACAAAAGGAAUCUGAGGCCCCAGUUUAGCAGAGUGCUUAAGCAAAUGCUUAAUUUUAAGCAUGUGACUAAUACCACUGACUUCUGUAAACUGCUGAAUCACGGUCUGAAGGCACAAAAAUCACUCAGACUUACAAUACUUCUGUUGCACAGACUCUGCUGUGUUUCUGAGAAUCUAAGAUUUUGUGUAUGGACUAACGGCCAAACUGUUCCCAUAUGUGGGAAAAACCUAUGUAGGGGAUGUGAAACUCUGUGAAUUGUUCAAUCAGGGGAGCUGGCUCUUGAAAUCUGCACAUCAUAGAGUUCCAGACGAUUUCCAGAGACUAGAUCUCUCUGAACAGGGUUUCUAGAAACAAGGCCCAUCUACACAGAGGCCCUGUUUCCAUGUACUGGUUCCUACCCACAAAGGAACAAAAUUCCUGCAGGAGCCAUACUGCCACAGCAUUCUCCAGCUGUGAAUUCACAUCAGGGAAGGAUUUUAAGGAGAUGGAGAUGGAGACCAAGUAUGUUAAUGUCAGUUUAAGGUUCAGCAUUAAGGCCUCCAUCCAGCAAGUUACUUGGCCUAAUUUUGAGCAUGUGGUAAUAUCACUGACUUCCAUGGUGCUAUUCACAUGCUCAAAAUUAACUUAAGUAAUUUUCUGGGUGGGACAUAAGUUACUUCUUGUUGAUGUAGAAAGUGGAUGUCUCCCCAUCACUUCCUAUCCUAGACAACAGAGGCUGUCCUUUUGGGAAUGCUUCCACUGGUUCUGGAGAAGAGUAUGAUGCUGUGAAGAUGAGGCUGUCCUUCCCUCCACUUUCACACUGCCUGCCUCCCCGCAGACGCCUGGUUGUCUUUCUCCAAUCCACUGUCCGCCCCAAAAAAGAAGAGAAUAUUUGGCUCAAAGUUUCUAGUCUGUUUGGUUUUGCAGAUAACUUUUAUUCUAGGAAUUAAAGCCCUUUCACUAUCUUGUUUGUUCUUCAGCUCAAUAGACUAAAUCUGGGAUUUUCAAAAGAGACUAAGGGAGUCAGGAACCCAAUAGGAGUUGGGCACCUAACUCCCUUAAAUUCCUUUGAAAACCCCAGCCCAAAUUGAUAUAAUACAAACAGGUGAGAGAAUGUCUCUGUUCAUCUGAAUCAGGUGGAAUGAGUUGAGGUAGCUAGUUAGGAUGGUUCAUUAGGGCUUAAAAGCAAAGAGCUUUUCAAGGAAAGUUCCCUAGCAGCUCAAAGGAAGAGGACAGAGAUUAGCAGCUAUGAAGCUAGUUUAGAAGAAGGCAAACUUCUGAGCUAGGUUGUCAGAAGUAGUUUAGUUUUAACCUAACUGGGCCUUUUUGUUUGAGAACAGUUUUCCUCUAGUUUUCAGUCUGUGAGAAAGCAUUCUGCCAGCUCAUAUUCUAAAGCUGAAACACCCAGGCCAAACUACUUGUGCCAAAGUGAGGGCUAGGGCAGAAAAUACGGCCAGGGAUGAGAAUGUGAACUUGUUCUUUUAUAUUUUGCAGCAUCCAAGUUACUUUUUCUAGCUGUAAAUUACCAAGGCAUUAUUGAGUUAGGCACCAUUAUUAAUGCAUCACCAUUCUUUGACCUUUCAAAUUCUUCUUUAAUUUGCAUUGUCCAAAACCCCAUGCCUGAGACCCUAGUAGUUUAACAAGGUUGUGCAUUUCAUGUAACAAAACUCAGCAUUUUUUUUUUUUUGGGGGGGGGGGGAAGGAUUGUAAGGGGGGAGUGUUUCAGUGGUUUUUGCCAUUUCCGCCCCCUAUAUAUCUAUUGCUGCUGCCCAUAGCAAAUACCCAGAUACCCUUGUUAAGAAUGUGGCCUGCAUUUAUUUUGCUCAGGGACAUACUGAUGUUUAAAUCAGACUCAAAAGACCACCUUUUUGGCCUACAUAAAAUGGCUGAUAGUAACGAAGGUAGAGUUUACAUAGAGCCUUAUUUAUUAAAAUGCAAAUAGACACUGUUCUGUUGAAUUGCUACAACACCAACAAGGUAUUGACACACAAGUAACCUGCUACGUUAGAUACAUUCCAGAUGCCCUGGCUUCCACGAGUGCCCUUUUCCUGUUCGCAAAACCACUUGGGUUAAGGAGUUAUGUUCAUUGCUGACAGAGGACAUAGUGCUAGAAAAACCUGAUCGAGCUGAGAAACUGUAAAAAUGUGGUUUUGUUUUUUAAAACCAAAACUUCUUUUAAGGGAGCUCAAGUAAAACAAUAGUUUGGAGCAAAGUGUUUUUAAAAGGGCAGAAAAGCUUGUAAAGUCCUGUCCCUUAAAUAUUCAAAGCAUCAUGCAGUGUUUCAUCCCUGAAUCUCUCACGGGUAUCACGUAGGUAAAACUCUGCAGCUUUGCUUUGGGAAUUUAGGGGAUUGUGCUUGUUUAUGAUGCUGCUGAGAGAAAUAUGUACUAUAACAAAUGAAAACUCAGAUAAGCAUGAUUUGUUGAUGAAGGUGUUCAGUAUUAGAGAGGGGUGUGUGUGUGUGUACAUAUGCACACAUAUGCCAUGUUAAAGGUGUUGUUAGGAUAAUCCCCAUUAUUAAACCAUGAUAUUGAUGUAAAAUCCCCUGUAGACAGUCACAGAAUAUGUCAGAAUAGCUUACAUUUCUACACUGCCUUUUUUUUCUUUCUUUCUUUCUUAUCUGCAUGAUGCCACUUAGGAUAUGGAUACCUCUCUCUGUUAUCAAACAAUUUCACUGUUAGUAUGACUGAGUACUAGUUCCUAUCCCUCAAGGUUUAUCCUCACUUACGCAGAGUAUUAGGGAUUACUGUUUAUACUUUUAUAUAAUCUUGAACAAGACAGCAUAGUUAUAGAUGAAGGUAAGAGAAGUGUUACAUUUUGUAGAUUGAAAUACAUUGGAAUCCUACAUGACUGGAGGAUGACAUUCCCUUUGAACAAAGUUCCUAAUGUAACAUGAAUGUGCAUUGACUCCUUGAUGCACAUUAACCCUUUGAUGGAAGUAUGACUAUUAAUUAGGACAUAGUAAUUAAUGCUUAUUCAAAAUAGGUGUCAAAUACCUUAAAGUAUAUUUUCUUAAAAGCCUUAAUCCUUCAAUUGUCAAAACUAAUUCUUCUUCUGCAACAGCCUAGCAAAUGAUGUAAGACCCAAAGCAAUUAGCAUGGUUUUUUUUUAAACAGUGAUCCAUCAAUUGGAGAAGAAAAGUAAAUGCAAGGAAGGGAAGAAAGAUGUAUAUGAACUGCAAUUAUAUACUGGUAGGACUGUAGAGGGGAAAAUUCAUUUUAAACCCCAUUGGUUUUAUUCAAUUAGAUGAGAUAAUCAGAAGCCAGAUCCCCAGCUGGUGUAAAUUAGUGUUGCUCCAUUGAAGUCAAUAGAGCUAUGUUGAUUUACACCAGCUGAAAAUUGGGCAAUUUAUAUUUAAAAGCAUUUGAACACUUGCUUCCCCCUUCAGAGCCAUAUAUGCAAAUAUCUGGUUAAAUUGACAAGGGCUUUGAUAGUAAGUCACAGAAAUGGAUGACAAAGCUGGUCAGUCUCUGGUGGCCAAUUAUAUGGUAUCUGGUAUAUCAGGACCUUUCUGAAUGUAUUUGUUUUUCUUAUAGAGAUUACUCAUUUAGGGCCUGAUCCAAAACUCACAGAAGUCCACUGGAGUGUUUCUACUCUCUUCUUUGGGCUUUGGACCAGGGCCUGAUCCUACAAUCUCUGUGCGCUCAAAACUCUCAUUGAUAGGAGAAACAUAAUUGAGUGCACAAGGAGGGCAGGAUUGGACUCUCAGUUACACUGAGCCUCUAUUGGAAUUCUAGUCCCAGAAGUUCUUGCUUCUUUAUACAGAUUUAGUAUACUCAUUUCCCAGUCCUGCUGCUAGCAGUUAGCCUCUACUGAUUUUGAGAUGCAAAAAAUCAAUGACAGACUGACAUUGUGUGAAAAAUUGAUUCUCUGCAUUGUCUUUAAACACAUCAAUCCACAUAACAGUUUUGUAAAGUACAGUUUAAAAUGAGAAACCUCCAAACCAGAAUGAUCUGCAGACUAUUUAAUACAAAUCACGUGCAUUUUGGUAUAUGUGGUGUUACGCUGUAUACAAACACCUUGUUUAUAAUUCCUGUCCUCCAGUGUUUGCAUCCCAAACAUUCUCUGUAAAUCACUCACAGCUGCUUGAAUUGGUUCUCCUUUAUGUAUAACAUUUGGCUGAUCAUACAAAUGGGUCAGAAUUAUAUUCUCUUAUGAACAUUUAGUUUGGGGUUUGAUUAAACUUUUGUGUCUACUUCAAAAUCAGAGUCCUGGGAGUGAACACCUGUGAACUCUGAGGAAAGUUUGCAUUCGGAUACAGAUCUGAAAUCUGUAGCUAGGGCUGCCCAAUCACUAAUCUUUGCUGAUGGAAAUGUUCUAUUUUGUCUAAUUAAGAUGUUUGUUCUGCAGGCAAAAACCCUGGAGACUGCAGUGCCCUUUUUAAAGUUUGUCCUAAGAGGAAUACCAGUUCAUGCACAUUCAGUUUCUAUUUUGCACAUAAUGAGAAAAGGCACAUGUACCUAACAGUGUUGGAAAUCUUGUUUUAAAAUGAUUUUGUCCCUGAUUUCCUCAAGGCCAAAAUGCACUGCAUUCCCAUUCUUUUCCUGCUUUAGAAAGAGUAAACUUUUUCUGCAUUAUAUUUCAGCCUUCACAGACAGACACACAGCUCAUAAACAUUUGUAUUUUUUUUAAAGUGACCAAAUCCUGAUAAAUUAUUUUGAUCCUAACGCUUUAUGGGGAAGGACAACCCUCUGAUUUAUUCCAGGCACAAAAGGAUCAGGCGAUCAUUUCAGUCUCUCAGAAACCCUAACCAUGGUGUCUGAAAUGCAUAACUGAAAUGUACGUUCACCUAAUUUACUUCACAAUGUAUGUAUUGCAAUGUAGCCUUAAAGUUGGCUGAUUGAUAAUGCCUCUUUAUUAGUGGUGCAAGUGGAAUCCAUUUCUUACUGGUACGGGGGGGAGGCUGCACGGGGGGCAUGUGACUCCUCCCCACCUUGCCCCCAUCCCGGGGCCCCCACACUCUCCCCAUCCCCUCCUCAUGAUCCACCCCCAUUACCUGGAGAGGGUGUUGUCCUCCUCCCGCAGUGUAGGAGAAGCAGAACGUGGGACCGCCCAGCAGCCCCACGCCCGCAGCUCCUCCGGUGCGGCUGUAUUGCCCCAGCCCUUCCAUGCAGGGUGUCCUCUGUCUGUACAGCAGCCAGGCCCGCUGGAGGACAGGACGGGCUGGGAGGUGGGGUUGGGGGCAGUACAGCAGCCGCUCAGGAGGAGAUGCUGGUGUGGGGCCGCCUGGUGGCCCCUCGUUCUGCUCCUUUCCCCACUGUGGUUCCCAGGAGAGCCCGGCGAUUCAGGGCUCUCCCAGGAACCACAGCAGGGAAAGGAGGAGAAUGCUGGCAGUUCCUUCGGUGGCUGUACCGCCCCCAGCCUCGCCCCCCAAGCCCUGUCCUCCUGCAUGACUACUACUGGGUGCCGGAGGACAUGCAUUCCAUGGAAGGGUGGGGGUGGGGGUUCUGCUUCUUUCCCUGCUGCAGUUCCCAGGAGAGCCCUGAACUGAAGGGCUCUCCUGAGAACCGCAGCGGGGAAAGGAGCAGAACGUGAGGCCACUGGGUGGCCCCAUGCCAGCAGCUCCUCUGGUGCAGCUGUGCAACCCCCAGGUCCACCUCCCGCCCUGUCCUCUGACGGGGCUGCUCUACAGACGGAGGAGACCCUGUGUGGAAGAGCUGGGGGCAGAACAGCUGCACUGGAGGUGCUGCGGGCAUGGGGCUGCUGUAUGUUCUGCUCCUCGUCUUUCCAGUACUCUGUACCAGCUAUAAAUAUCUUGCUAGUACAGCGUAGCCCGGACCGGACUGCUGCUCUUUAUUCUAAUAUUGGGAGAAGUAUUUGUACAAUAGUGUUUUCUCAUGGAAUUCUUGAGUAUCUUAUGUCUGGACAAAAGAUUGUGUUUAAAGUGAUAUUGCAUUAAUGUGAAUACCCCAACUCUUAAAUAUUUCUACCUCUAAUAGCUACUGUAGCUGUUUAAAGCAUCAUGGUUCCAAUUUUCAAAAACAUCCGACUUAGUCUAUUUUCAAAGAUGAUUUAAGUACUUAGAAGUAAAAUCUCACUAACUUCCAGAGAAACGUUGGCUCCUAAGCCACAGCCACUUUUGAAAAUGAGGCAUAGGCUCCUAAUUCACUUAGGCUCUUUUGAAAAUUUCCCCCCGUUCUUUCAUACAAGCCCCAAACCUGUUUCUAUUGAAGGUAAUUGUAAAAAGCACAUUCAUAGGUUCAUGGGGCCAAAUUCUCUGCUGGCAUACUGCCAAUGAAGUCAAAGGAGUUAGGCGAGGGGAAUAUUUGACCCAUCUAUUUUGCCUGUGUCUACAUUAUGAGCUGGGGGUCUGAUUUCCUUGCCUGUGUACACAUACUACCGCACUAGCCCUCCUUGAGCUAGCACGAGUGUUUAGGGUUGCUGCAGUAGCAUGGAUAGCAGCAGCGGAGGCUGGGUAUGUACUUGGCACAGCUAAGCCAUGCCUACGCUGCCAUUACUGCUACCUCUACUACCAGGGCUACACUGCUGUUAAAGCGCUCACUAGCUCAAUGAGCAGGGGAGCCACGCCCCUAGCUGGUAGUGUAAACCUAGCCUUGAAGGUUCAUCUAGCAUGACCUCCUUCAUCACAGAGUCCAUAGAAUUUCACCCUGUAAUUCCUGCAGGAGAAUCAAUUAUUCUUCCCUGCUAUGUACACGAACCCUAUCAAGUCCAAUAACUUGUGCAUGAACUGGAGCAUAUCUUUUAGGAAGAUAUCUGGACUUGAUUUAAAGACUCCAAGUGAUGAUGAAUUAGUCACUUCGCUUGGUAAAGUGUUCCAAGUGGUUUUAAACUGUUAAACAUUGACAUCCCUGGUGCAUGAUCAAGUCCCCCAGAGCUGAGUAUACUCUUCUUGUUAUGGUCAUCAAAAUCCUUUUGCAAAUGACUUUGAACAGCUCCUGCUGAAUAGCAUCCCUAAGGGGAGAAAAGACUGAAUUGGCGCUCAUAACCACUGCAGAAUGAUGGUAUUGCAAAGGAAAUCCAUUUAAAUAGGGCAGGAAAACAAAAAGGGUUUUGCUGUUGAUCCUGAGGAUACCUCAUGGGUGUUAGUUUGCAAAGAAGAUUUGGCUCUACUGCCAUCUAAUUGAUGUUACUCUAAUCAGUGAACCAAACUUAUACUCUAUUUACCAACUCAAACUGUGCAAUUUAGAAAUCAAUAGUGUGAUCUACAGCACAGGGCUAAAAGGUUUCUGCAGGUUUAUAAAAAAAAAACCCCACAGUACCACUGACAUCUCUUCUCCCAGGCUCAUUUCAUCCUCAAAACAUCCCUGCAAACUUCAGAGUGCACAACAGAUUAUAAAGAGUUUUACUAACAUUGUAGAACCACUCGAUCCUUAUUCCUUGUGUCUCUAUUUGAGACAGGAACCGCUCAUGGGAACUGGAGAAUGCAGCAUCCACAUAAAUCAGAAUGCAAAUGGAUAGCAAAGAAAGUUGUUAAUGUAUUUCACAUGAGGAAUUUAAACAUUCAUGUUCGAAGCAUGAAGGUCCCAGUUCUUCAGUCCCUAAGUAGGCAAAACUGGCAGUCAUUUUAGUCUUAGCGUUGCCCACGUGGUCAGUGUUGAUUCAAGUGUUAUAGCUUUACAUACUGCAUGUGGAACAAGUCUUUUUGAGAAAUGUGCUGGUCUACUCUCAGCUUUUGUAGGGCUUUAACUAUAUCAGUAUGAUGCCCUAGUAUAGACACAGUUAUACUGGUGUAAAAGUGCUUAGAUUGGUAUAACACCCCCCAAUUUUUUUCUGAGUGAGCAAACUGAAAUAUCUCUCUGAUUGACUCUGAAAGCUGUGCCUUUUACUUUGGCAAAUCAAAGUAUAAGAAAUUAAUAUACAACUGGGCCUUUCCCCUGUGUAGCUAUGAGGUAAAACAGAGUGAGUGUUCCAAAAUCACUGUAAAUUUGCCAUUAUUAAAAGGAGAACAUUAACAAGGUCAUUGUAGAUUUAAAGGGUGUGUCUUCAGUAUGUUACUGCCUGCAGAGAUUUAAAGGGUGCCUUUACUGCUUGUUUAAUGCAGAGUCUGAAUGCAUCCGAACCUCUUCUAGAUAGAUGCCUUGUGAUUUACAUAUUUGUGAACUACUGUCUCUUCUUGUAUCCACUUGGAAAAAGCUUUAUGACAGCCUAGAUGAACAUUAUUUUAUCCUGCUAAACAGGUCUGUGCAAUAGAUUCUUUAGGACACAAUUUUAACAGUUUUCAUAAUUCUUUUAAUCUCUAAAACCAAGAAUGGGCCAGAUCCUUAACUGGGGUAUGUGGCGUAGCUCCAUUUACAUCAUUGGAGCCAUGCCUGUUUACACCGACUGAGGAUAUGGCCCAGUAUAUUUUAAAUAUUAGCACUCAUGGGUUGUGUUAUCUAUUGCUGUGAUUAUUAACUGCUGAUUUGGGGGAUAAACUACAUGCAAUUUCACAGAACCACAGAGUCCGAAUAAUGUUUACUGUUGUUGUUUUUAUACAGUAGUGAAAGGGAUGCAGUUUAUUUACAUGCGGAAAAUCAGUUACUAGCAUUUUAAUGGAAUACUUUGUAAACAUUUGGCAAAAUGGAAAUAAUGAGCCCGAUCCUUCUGCCAGCGAAACCACUGGCAAAAUUUGUGCUGGCUUUGAGGGGAGCAGGACUGGGGUCAGUGUAACUAAUGUACCCUAGUAUUAUUGAUAUUGAAUGAAUGUGUUUUUAUAUUGAAUGCUUUUUGCUGGACAGUGCAUUGCACUUUUAUGAUUUAAGCUAUAUACAAAUAAAUUAUUUGAAAAUUCA